GCCGCAGUUAAUGGCGGUUUUAUUUAUACAACACUACAUUCUCCCUUCUUCCAACGUCUCUUGGCUCACCAUUACCGACCACCACUGAACAUUCGAAAGGUCUAUCUCGUGAGGCAACACAUUACCAACUGCAGUCCAAGGACGGCAUCCAGACCGAGAACAAUAUGGCAGCCGACAUUAGCACGACGCUGGGUAUCCCAGGCCUCACCGCACCAAUAUUGGCAAACGCCACAAAGCCCAACCUCGCCAACAUCAGCGCUCCCUUGCUUGCCACCAUAGUUCGCGAUAGCUAUCGUGCUACCUUCAAAGCUCGCGUCGCCGCCGGUGAAGCAAGACCUUUUGUACUGCCUUACGGCAUAUUUGCCAGCUUCAUCCUCCCCAUCCUCUACUUAACCUUUCCGCACACAAACCGGCCAUGGCUAUACAAGGCACGAUGGCUCGUGCUAGCCUUCAUCGUCAUCUUCAAUAUCGACAUCUUGUUGGGCACCUCCAGCACCAAUAUGUCCAUGUCUUAUUCUAGUGGUCUGUCAGCCUUUUGGGGAAUCUUGUCCAACUUCAUCAUGCUAGUAUUCACGGCACCACAAUUCGACUACGAGAGAGUUGUUCGAAGGAGGAAGGCCACCACUACCCCCAGCAGAUCUAAGUCGUCUGCGGAUCGCGCAGCUCCAGCAAAUGGAUUCGGACUCAGGAGGCGAGCUGGCAGCAAGAAGCGAAAAGCAGACCGCGUCACAGCCCCUGAAGUUAACCUCGAAGAGUACGAGUACUACUGGCAGACUUUCCCAGAGAAGGGAUCUUUCUCAGAGCGACUUGGCUGGGUCAUUGACCUCUAUACCAAUUUCAGGGGAGUCGGUUGGACUUGGGCUGUUUCAUCGGUUCCCAGCCCAGUUCCCCCAGAGAACCCUGGCAUGGGUGAACUCGUCAAGAUGGAUACCAUACCGUUGGAAACAUUCGUGGGAUGUCAGACCUAUAAAGACGAGAAAGAAUUCUUGCGACGGAAAGUCAUCCCCAUCGCAAUCUCGUAUUUGAUCCUCGAUAUCUCCAAGGUUGCCAUCAUGGAGGAUCCAUACUUCUUCCUCGGACCCGAGUCGUUACCCCUUCCUGCUCAUCUGGCGGCUCUCCCACCAUGGGCUCUAUCCAUAUGGCGGCAUGCUGCCGUACUCGGUAUUCUCUACGCCGCACUCGUCAUGGUCUUCUCCGUUCAUGACCUGUUCCAGUAUUACAUCCUCAGCAAAGUGUUCCCCCUGCGGGGUGAGCUGUGGCAGUACUCGACAGUAUUCGGCUCCUUCACACAGAUUCUGGACAGAGGCUUGGCUGGGUUUUGGGGGGCUUGGUGGCACCAGACCUUCCGACAUGCCUUCUCUGCGCCAGUCAGCUGGGCUGUAAAACGUGGUUAUCUCGAAAAGGGGACGCGCAGCACAAAAGCAAUCGGCAUGUCUACUGCAUUUCUUCUUUCCGGCUUGCUUCACGGUGCCGGAAGCGUCAGCGCGAUCCCCGAGACCAAGUGGUGGAAGCCAGCGCUUUUCUUUUGGUUGUCGGGGUUGGGCGUCCUCACUCAGCAGACGUUCUGCACCGCCAUGAAGUCCCAGAUUACAAAGAUGUCUCGCACGCUGAGGAGAGCAGGGAACCUCUUAUUCGUGCUCGUGUGGCUGCACAUCACAGUUCAGCCGUUAGCCGACGACUUUGCCCAAACUGGCCUCUGGCUCAUGGAGCCCGUUCCCGUGUCGGUCGUGCGUGCCCUCGGUUUUGGACGCGGAGAGACAUCGUGGUGGAAGCCUGAUAUGGAAGCGAUUGGACACUGGCAUGUUGGACAGCAUUGGUGGGAUUCUGGGUUCAGUUAUUAGAGCAUCGG